UGGUUUUGAGAACCGUUUUUUUUUUACCACAAUGUGCACACACGCUGCAUUAUCGUGCAGCAGAAUGAUUUCAUUGGUUAGCCCCGGGCUCCGAACAUCUGCUUCGGGGGCGUGAUUGAAGUACAGGCUCGCGAGCAGUGAUAUGCGGAGAAGCGUUGUUUGGGAGGACAGAAAUGUAUCGGUUUUUCGUGAUGUGCAGACAUGGGUUUUAAGGAACCAGUACUUCACGCACAAGGCGUCGGCGUAUAACCAAUAUCCCGGAGUUAUGUUGGCAGGGACCUUAGUGUAAAUCACGGGCAUCAUUAUCAGGUCCAGCUGCAUGUAUUCCUAAUUUAUUUUGGCCGUUUGGUCCAAUGUCAAGCGCGAGCCACGACGCCUUCGACGCCGCUUCGGUCCCGGACAGCCGCGUUCUCAGCCCCGUUAAGUUUCUGAAGGGUAGUAAGUCAAAGGAAUCGCUGCACACCCCCGCAACUCUGAAAGGGACGCUACAGCGCGCUCACUGCGCGGUACCUGCGCUUGGUUCGCCGCGAACGAAUACAACUCAAACCUCGAAGGUGUAGGGAAAGACGCCGAGCGCUGAAACCUCAGUGCUGCAAUGACUCUGAGGUAACACUGUGGAGGAAGAUCGGUCCAGCGUCUGAAAGCUCAAUCUGCGAAAUUCUCUAGAAAGCGCCGGUGGCGCUCUCGGAACCGUCUGAACCUGGGAAAAAAAGACCGCCGCAAUGUCCAGCAGCGGGCUUGGCCUGUUUGUCCUGCUCCCUUUGGUUUCGGGCAUGCUGUCUGAACACUCGGACUGCGUGAUCAAAAGGGAGCAGGAGAAAUGCAUGGAGAUGAUUGCACGAGAGGACUCCACGGUCGACCUCGAAUACGGGUGCCCAUCGAUGUGGGACAAUCUGACCUGCUGGCAGUCUGCGAGCGUGGGCGAGGUCGUGGUGGUCAGCUGUCCGGAGCUGUUUGAGUUCAUGAGCCCUGACGACGAGUUGGGGAAGAUCAGCAGGAACUGUACAGAGUUUGGCUGGUCGGAGCCCUUUCCUCACUACAUUGAUGCCUGCCUCUUUGAUGACAACACCACCAAGCCUGAUAUGUACUACGCUUCAGUUAAAGCCCUGUACACAGUCGGUUAUAGCACCUCCCUGGUCUCCCUGACAACAGCCAUGGUCAUCCUCUGUAGAUUCCGGAAGCUUCACUGCACCAGGAACUUUAUCCACAUGAACCUGUUUGUGUCGUUCAUCCUGAGGGCAAUAUCAGUGUUCAUCAAGGAUGGCGUCCUGUACGCGGAAGAAGACAGCAACCACUGCUUCGUACACACUGUGGCAUGUAAGGCCGUGAUGGUGUUCUUCCACUACUGCGUCAUGUCCAACUACUUCUGGCUCUUCAUCGAGGGCCUGUAUCUCUUCACCCUGCUGGUGGAGACCUUCUUCCCAGAGAGGAGAUACUUCUACUGGUACACCAUCAUUGGAUGGGGGACCCCCACCAUCUGUGUGUCUAUCUGGGCAGUGCUCCGGCUUCACUUUGAUGACUCUGGCUGCUGGGACAUGAAUGACAAUACUGCCCUCUGGUGGGUGAUCAAGGGACCUGUGGUGGCUUCAAUAAUGAUAAACUUUGUCCUCUUCAUUGGAAUUAUCAUCAUCCUGGUGCAAAAACUACAGUCGCCAGAUAUCGGAGGAAACGAGUCCAGCAUUUACUUCUGUGUACAGAAAUGCUUCUGUGAGCCCACGCACGCAGACCACCACCCCUGCAAGAUGUCAGAGCUGUCCAUCAUUACGCUGAGGCUGGCCCGCUCCACCCUUCUCCUCAUCCCUUUGUUUGGGAUCCAUUACACUGUGUUCGCUUUCUCCCCCGAGGAGGUCAGCAAGAGGGAGAGACUGGUGUUUGAGCUGGGCCUCGGCUCAUUUCAGGGCUUUGUGGUGGCAGUUCUCUACUGUUUCUUGAACGGAGAGUUUCUCCCUAAAGGUGCAGUCGGAGAUAAAGAGGAAGUGGAGGAGCUGGACCGUCAACCGGUACUUUGCUGUGGACCUGAAGCACCGGCACCCUUCCCUGGCCAGCAGCGGGGUGAACGGGGGGACACAGCUGUCCAUACUGAGCAAGAGCAGCUCUCAGGUCCGGAUGUCCAGCCUGCAGGCCGACAACCUGAACCUCAACCUGCCCACCUGAACGUCUGACCGGCCAGAGCCUUCUCUCGUUCCCCCCCCCCCCCCCCCCCCCCCCCCACAAAAAACGAAUGAACCACCGAAUGAACCCAACCCAAAACCGCAGAGGCCCAACCUUGCC